AUGGCUGAUUCGGAAAGAAGUUUGAUUGCUUCGGUCACUCGGGUGUUGCUUGGGCUGUCAAACAAGUAUGAACGUGCGGCAGAUCAGGCGGUGUACGAAUGGGAGGAUGAGGAAAGAGAGCCGACGGAGGAUGACCAGAACAAGAAGAUGGAAGUGUUCGACAAGCUCCACUCCAGCCUCCUGCCAUCCGUCAACCGCCAUCUCAGUUGCCUCGUAACUUCACUCGACCUGAAAUACUAUCCUAGAAGUCAUCCUUCUCCAAACCUCGGAUCAACCUUAGAGACCUUGUCAAGUUUGGAGCGCACCUUGGAUCAAAUUCUCGUCGACUUUGCUGUCCUCAAGACACCUCUACCAACUGUGCCCCACGACCAUCCCCAGGAUCGGUACAAACGCUUCAGAUCUGAUGAACUGAUCACCAACGUCUCCAGUUUAAUACAACGAUCCAUCUGUUCGAUAUUGUUCACUGGCAUUAGCUUCAUCCUACUAUAUGAGCCCUCAAUUGAUCAGCCAAAAACAGCCACAUUCCGAACAAACACAUCCCAAUGGGCAGAAACUGUGCUUCAGGAAAUAACUCAAUCAACUGGCUUGGUCGAUAAGAUCCUCCGAUUCUCUCAAACAUCUGACUUGGAGAUCCUUCAAGAACGGUGGCAAGAAACAGCCGAAACAUUCGAUUGCAUGCUCGCCGAUUUCGCCCACCUAACUCAUUCCGCACUUGGGGAACAAAGGCCCCUAAGUGCUGUUAGAACGGAUCUGCUCAAACAGGCUGACUCGCAAAUCACGCGCAUCAAAUUACUAAGAACAUUAUUCGACAAAGUAUCCAACGCGACCACCCGAAGAUCGAUGUUCAGAUUAGAUCCUGAAAUCGAUCCGGAGUCCUUAUGCCUGAUCCACAGAGAUUCAGAGGGGAUCAAUUCUGCCCUCCUUCUUGCUAAAUACUCCUUAGUCCAACAUUUUAAGGACGAUGAACCGAAUGGAGACCGAGCUCAGCGACAGAAUGGAAUAAGCAAGACCUCACGACGCAUCGACUCGAUGUUAUUCCUCAUCGGUCUAUAUCUCGUCCCUCAGCCCUCAGCAAUCGACCAUUCCUCACCCGCAGCCGACUUCAAGGCUUGGCUUGUUAUGUGGCAACAGCUUUGGCACACCGAGGUCGCUCAACUUUGAUCUUAGAUAUGGCCAGCAAAUACGUUGAAUGCGAGCAGUAAAAAAAACCCCCCGGGGCUCAUCUAUGAACAUGAGCCAUAACCAAUAAUCGCAUUGCCACCCCAUGUUGUAUAAUCCCACAUUACCCAAGAUUUGUGUUCUGCUGUUUUGUCUAUCGCCGUCAUUCACAAUACCACUGAA